UAUUGACAUUAUUAAAUAUAAUAACAAUAAUUAUUAUUAUUAUUAUUAUUAUUAUUAUUACAACAUAAUGACAAUAAAUUAAAAAAAAAAAAAAUUUACCGGUUAAAAAAAAAUAAAGUGUUUACUUGGUGCGUAAUUUAAAAAAAAGUAAGUGGUAAUUUAAAUUUAAAAAACUAUUAGUAUAUAAAAUGAUAUAAAUUAAAAAAAAAAAAAAAUGUCCUGGAGUGAUAAGGGAUUGAGACCCUGUCCAUCUUAUACGAGUAUUGGAAACCUGGAUAAUAUAAAGACAAGACAAUUGGAAGCUGAUGGCUCGAUACGUCAUCCGAGGUCUGGAUCGGGGUCAGGAUCGGGACCAGGGUCAGAAUCAGGAUUAGGGACUUCAGGAACAGGAUCUAGGAACAUGUUGCUGGCAAGAGGAAGACUUCCGGCUCUGUAUCACGGAACCUGGCCAAUGGAACGCGAGACCUGGAACCAGAAUCAGAAUGGGAAUGGCAGCGAAGUCCUGGCGAGUGUCAUGAGCUUCACGUCGACGAGCAACGGAAUGCAGUCUGAGGACGAUGCUGACAACCCAGAGCUUACUGAUGACAAUGAAAAUUUGGCGGAAAAGUAUGACGUUAAGAAGGACAUGAUAUUCAAUUUGCUGGGGAUGCUUAUGAAUGAUAACACGGGUCAGCAGGACACCAGUAUGACUCUGUUGUCUUUGAGUAAUUCUGCUGAUAAUUGUCUGCUGAUGCGAGAGUCUGGAUGUCUUUCAUUACUAGUCCGCUUAAUCCACGCUCCCGACAAAAACCUCUCAGUCCGUCUUAGCGCGACCCGCGCCCUCUACAACAUAAUCUGCGCAACCGAAGACAAAACGCUAAACCACCAAGAACUUCGCAUCCUAACCCUACUAGAGCGAAUCAGAGAAUACUCGCAGUCUGCCUCUAAAUCACCCCAGCAUCCGCAGCAGCCCCAUAGCCAUCCCCUGGUAGCUCUCUCAGACCUGACCAAGUUAUCGCACCACCCAAUUCACCGUCGCACCAUCAGCGAAAUGGGGGGCUUGUACGCAAUUGCCGAGUUGAUUAAAACCGACCACCAAAUCUACAGUCCCGAGACAACGAGUCCCUGCUGUCUUGAGGUCCGCAAAUACUCAGGUCAGAUUCUCACCAACCUGACGUGCGAUGACAACAAAAACAAAAGUUUGCUUUGUUCAUUUCCCGGGUUCCUCAGGGCCUGGGUCACCCAAUUACGCAGCCCCAGUGAAGAAGCCCACCAAGUAACCGCGUCUGUUUUACGUAACCUAUCAUGGCGCGCAGAUAACAAUUCAAAGCGCAUGCUCCGUGAGUCCGGAACCGUUAAAAUCCUAAUGGAGUCUGCGAUAAUCAGCAAAUGCGAGGCCACCCUCAGAUCAAUUCUAUCCGCCCUGUGGAACCUUUCCGCCCACUGUACCAUCAAUAAAGCAGAAAUAUGCGCCGUAGAUGGCGCCCUUAAUUUCUUAGUCGAGUUACUGAACCCCCAGGACACGAGCGAACGUAAUCUGGCGUUGGUCGAAAACGCCGGAGGAAUUCUAAGGAACAUUUCGAGCCACGUGGCAAUUGAGGAAAACUACCGGAAAAUUUUACGACGUAAGAGGACUCUGCAUGUCCUAGUCCAGUUGCUGAGCUCCCCAAGCCUGACCGUAGUUAGUAACGUAUGUGGAACCCUUUGGAACCUGUCCGCCAGGUGCCCAACUGACCAGAAAACCCUCUGGGAUUUAGGAACCGUCCAAAUAUUAAGACCCCUAGUCCAUUCCCAGCACAAAAUGAUUUCCAUGGGCGCCAACGCUACCCUACGGAACCUCCUGUCCGCUCGUCAGCACACUUUUGGCCUAGAAAAACGGGAACGGUUUUACGGAAUCAAUACGGAAGCUUACGAGGAAGGGGACCAGCCUAUUGAUUACAGCAAGAAGUAUUUGGAACAAAAGCGGGAAAAAAUAAAAGCCUAUGGCGAUUACGCAGAGACUGACUUAGAUCAGCCGACGGACUACAGCCUCCGUUAUGCGGAAGACGAUCAGGAAAGUGAAGACGAACACGAACCGCGGCCGUUCUUCCAGCCGAACGAAGACAGUGUCAAGACUUAUUGCACUGAGGGAACUCCCUACGAAACCCCGAGGAACUUUUCCACGGCCACGUCCAUGUCCGACCUGAGGGUGGACGACAAAGACGACCGGAAGGUCACCAAAAAGGAGGUUAAGGACAAAGAAGAAUUCUACUCCCAUUCAAGGGUAAAUUCCCUGAGUUCCCUCGCGUCCAAGUGCGAUCCCGAGCAGACGGAAAAGGCUCCCGGACCUGGUGGGAAUGGUCCAGAUCUAGAUGCAAGCCUAGAGGGACCGGAUUUGAACGCUAGUUCCCAUGACCUCAGUCCAGAUCCCCUAGAUGUCAAUCCAAGUCUGGACGUUGGUUCGGACUUGGACCAGACUGACAAAGAGGAAAAGAAUGACAAGGAACCAAAAGUCGUAACUUUUGCUGCCGAGGAUCAUUACGACGAAAAAGAAACCCCGCUGAUGUUUUCUCGCAGCAGUUCUCUAGGUUCCUUGAGCGGGUUCGAGGCCAAUUCCGUAGACGAUCACAGUUCUAUUAUCAGUGAUUUCAGUCGCAUGACCAGUGGAAUCAUUUCCCCAAGUGAGCUACCAGACUCUCCGACCCAAACUGUACCUCCAAGCCCGCGGACUAAAGAGUUCCCUCGGUCCUUUUUGAAAAGUUACUCUCCCAAGAAGAGGGGCGUCUUCGAAGAUGCCACUGCGGCAUUCAAAGAAGAGAACACGCCAAUAGAAUUCAGUGCCGCCACUAGUUUGAGUUCGCUCACGAUUGAUGACGACCCGCCGCUGAAGGUAGAACUCGAUCAGGAUCAGGAUCCAGAACAGGAUCCGAUAAGGGAACGGGAGCAGGAAGUGGAACAGAAACCUAGAGCCGGGUUGAUUUCGAGACGGAACAAGGGAAUCAAGGAAGAGAAAGCCGAUGACCAGGUUUCGGAUGACGAUGACGAAAUAUUGGCGGCCUGCAUCAACAUUGGGAUGCACAAUAAUCAUUAUAGAGAAAAUUUGGCGAAAUUGGGCAGCGGUAAUGGCUUGGGAACCAGUAAUCUGAUUCGUUAUCAAACGAGCACUACCUUAGACCGGUUGGAAACUGACAGAGUCGUUAGUUCGCCUAAAAAGGGCAAAGCUGACGCUUCUGAUGAUUCCGUUCAUGUCUACUGCACGGAAGACACUCCGGCAGAAAUUUCGCCGGUAGGGUCACAGUCCAACUUAUCGGCCCUGUCGAUGCCGAGUAUUUUAGAAGACUUUGAGAAGCCGGAAGAGGAGGAAGGGGAAGGGGAUAACGCUGUCGGUAAUGACGGAAGUCUGACGGACGACAGUUCGGAUGAUGAAAAGAUUCUGGAUGAGUGCAUUGCUUCGGGGAUGUCUAAGUGCAUUAGUCCGACUGCUAAAGCGGAGGUUUUUAUGAAACGUCGGGAAUUUGGGGACAUGGAUAGGGAAGAAGAUGAAGAAGAGGAAGAAGAGGAGGAGGAGGAAGAGGGGAACAAUUCGUUCGAUAGCGUUGAAGAGGAGGAAGAUGACGACGAUGCUAUUCUUGCGGAAUGUAUUGAGUCGGCGAUGCCGAAAGGCUGCGUCUUGACUGAUAAGGCGACGACUUCCAGACAGGAAGGGAUCAAGGAGGAUUUCGAUGGCCCGAUUGAUCAGAGUUUCAAAUCGCCGAGGUCGGUGGACAGCUUAAGUUUGUCUGAAGAUGAAGAAGAAGAUAUUCUGGCUGAGUGCAUACGCUCUGGCAUGCCUAAGGCUUCUGGUAUGACUAAAAGUUACUCGCCACUCAAUGACGAACCACGGCGUCUGUAUCCGAGUAUCAAUGGGGCGACAUUGUCUCCGAGGACAUUUUCACCCCGGCAUCUUGUUCAAUUGAAAAAUUACGAUCCAAUAGUGUCAUCAACUGACGAAACUUCAAACUUUGAAACUGAAGACACUCCUUGUAAUUUUUCAGUUAUUUCGGGCAUUAGCAAUUUAUCAUUAAAUUCAAAUUUUGAAUAAUAUUAAUAUAAGUAAUUUCAUAUAUUUAAUAAUUAGUAAUUAAAAUAGGUGUUAUUUUAAUUAUAAAUGUAAUAAUAAUAGUAAGUUAAAUUACUGUGAUUAUUAGUAAAUGAUGUAAAAAUAUUUUUUUUGUAAUCGAUUUAAUUUUUUA